UCCACCUCAGCGACAGAAGACAGCCGCAGUCACGUAGUAGAAGAAGACGCUGUUGACGCAGGUGUUGAUGUCCUCCUUCUUCCGCAGCUUUGUGGAGCGGAGUCGCUUUCACCAAUCUGACGCUAAAUUCAGACUUCAGGGAGAAACCCGCGGCCAUGCUUCUUACUUUGAACUGAAGUGUCAGUGAUGGUUAGCGGAUGAAUGUGUUUCAGGUCGUUUGACGUCCGCUGUAGACGCUGUUUCGCGAGUUUUCUCCAUCACUCAUUGCAGGCAAAGCUAAAGCUAAAGCUAGCUGUGUGUUAGCAGCGGCUCUCGGCAGCUGUGGACAUACAUUUAAUAAACCAUCCCCUGGUCCGCCCUUUGUGCAGAAUUAGAUUUCAGACAAGGCAGUCAUGGCCACUCGGCGUCUGACCGAUGCCUUCUUGUUAAUGCGGAACAAUGCAAUCCAAAACCGGCAAAUAUUGGCUGAGCAAGUGAGUACAUACGACCCCCGUCUGAGUACACGUAGCAAUGCUGCGGAGCUGGAUGAGGUACUGCUGUUCCCCUUCAUGUUGGCUGAUGAUCGAAUGGCCCUGGUGUCAGGAAUUAGUCUGGAUCCUGAGGCUGCCAUUGGAGUCACACGAAAACUGCCUCCUAAAUGGAUAGAGGGAGUUGAUGAGAUUCAAUACGAAAUCACACGGGUUCGACAGAAGAUGAAAGAACUGGCCUUACUUCAUGACAAGCAUAUGAACCGUCCAACUCUGGAUGACAGUAGUGAAGAGGAGCACGCCAUAGAAAUCACUACCCAGGAGAUCACACAGAUGUUUCACAGAUGCCAGCGAGCUGUGACAGGUUUGCAGACUCGCUGCGGCCACUGCACCGAGCAGGAGGAGAGACUAUUGAGAAACGUGGUCUCGUCUCUGGCACAGAGUCUACAGGAGCUGUCCACUAAUUUUAGAUACACACAGUCCAGUUACCUAAAACGUAUGAAGAAUCGUGAGGAGAGAUCAAAACACUUUUUUGACUCAGGACCCUUAAUGGAGGAGGAUGAAGAUUUAGCUCUGUAUGACAAGGGAUUCACAGAUGACCAGCUGAUGCUGAUGGAGGAGAACACGGUCAUGGUUGAAGAGCGAGAGAAGGAGAUCAGACAAAUAGUGCAGUCCAUCUCUGAUCUGAAUGAGAUUUUCCGGGACUUGGCAGGAAUGGUAGUUGAACAGGGCACCGUUCUUGACAGAAUCGACUUCAACGUGGAGCAGGCUUGUGUUAAAACAGACGACGGAUUGAAACAGUUACAAAAGGCGGAGCAAUAUCAGAAGAAAAACAGAAAGAUGCUGGUCAUUUUGAUCCUCUUCAUCAUAAUCAUUGUUCUAAUUAUUAUUCUUUUUGGAACAAAGUUCUAGUCCUCUGGCGUUUGUUUUCUGUGUGGGUGUAUGGUGUGCAUCUGUUUGGACUUGGACUUGGUCUUAAACGAAGCUGACUGCCUUUCAAACCCAAAACAGGAACUCCUCGUCUCUUUUCCAGAUGCACCUGCAGCAAUGUGGAGAUAUUUUUUUUGUGGUCUAUUUUAAUGAAAGAAACAAUCAAAAAUCUGUCUGAGCCAUUUUAUCAAGUGGCUCUCAUCAAAUCGCUCCAAUGCUCUUUGACCAAGUUUAGUCAAACCCAAACAGGUUAAUGUUGAGUUGCUAACCCAGUGUUCUCUGCUUGAACUCAAAGCACAAGUUGUGACAUUUCUUGUGUGAAGAGGCAACUCAUUUGUUCAAUACCAUCGCAAACAUUUAGUUUCUGUGAGAGAGCAGAAAUGUUUGAAAGAGAAACAUGCAGUAGAUCUUAUUUUAUGGCAAAAUAAUUUUCAUCCCAACAUGGCACAGUAUUUUACGUCACUUUUGUGUUAAGGCAGCACCACAUAUUAUUAUAAUAGUCAUUCAUUACCAAAAAUAUUCCUUUGAUUUAAAGGACCACCAUUAUAUUUUGUUUUAAAUCAGUUUAUUUAUAAUUAGUCUGAGGUCUGUGUUACUCCACUGUUGGUCUGAAGAGGGUCCAGUCAGCCAGUUCAAUCCUAAAAUCAAACCUGUUUCAAAUCUGCUCUACUUUUCAUCAAGUGCUCACUUUAAAACACUUAAUUGUUUUGUUUGUUUUGUUUUUCAUGGUCCUUGCAUUAAGUGCUACCUUUUAAAAACUCUUGCAGUUUGCACAUAUUGAGGCCUGGCGGGAGGAGAGGGGGUGUUAUGGAUGUAAUACUACUGGUAUCUGUAUAAUGAAAAAAGAAGAAUGAUUGCAUUAUUUAUUUUUAAUAACUUCAAAUAAUCCAGAGGUUAAUAUGUGUUCGGUUCCAGGCAGAAUUACUGUAUAUUGGGUAAAAGUGUGUCUGAACCUAACUGUUAUUGUCCCACCCCACUGAGGAAAAUGUGAUGACUUCCAGCACAAGCCGACAUAUAAAGACAGCAUUAUGGGGGAUGUUUUCGUCUUUUUCUUUUCAGACUGGACAUGACAUACUUUAGUUGGCUCUGUUGGAAAUGUCUUGUGUUAUAUGAAGACUGUUUAGCUGAAAUGAUGAAGAGCUGACAUUUGACAUAUCUGUGCAGUACAGUUUAUACACCUGUUCAUCCAUCUUUGUCAUUGAUGUGAAAUGUGUGUGUGUGAGAAAAAAUGGUUAUGUCCUAGUGGAACUCCACUCAAGUUUUGUUUUUCCAAACAAAACUGGCAAAGAGACAGCAGCUUUUUUAAAAUAAACCUGGAACAUGG